AUGUACGAGAGUGCGGCGCGGCUGUCUGGCUUUGAAACUUCUGUUUGGGGACUUCACGGCGUGCGAACGUGCCAGGAUUGUGAACGGGAGCAUUUAGAUUCAGCUUCUGCUUCAGCUUCAGUGGGAAAUCGACAAAUCAGCCAAAAGGCAUAUCGCAACGGUCAGCUAAAUACACUCACACUCAUAUAUAAGCACACAGGAGAGAGAAGUUUCAGCUCAGUGUCGGUGUCGGUCUGGGCUUGGAUUGUGAUCCGUGUGGUUCCUGUUGUGGUGUGUGGCAUAUUCCUGGCCAUUUCAGCCACGAACUUGAAAGGAAAGCAGCGCUCCAAGGAGACGACCAAGCGACUGUUACGUAGGCCAGCGAAAGGAAGCGGAAACGCGGCUCCUGAUUGGCGGCUGGGCAGACAUCCAAGACAACGGCAACAACGGCGGCCAGAAUUUUCUCUCGUUUGGAUAGUGUCGAGGAGGUGCAACGCGGUCGCAGUGGCAGCGCUAUCGGAAUAG